UUCGGUUGUAAAUUUGACACUGCAACAACUGCAUAAAAAUGGUAAAAAAGCUUUCUUCAGUUCAGUAGAUGCACCAGCCGACGCGUCAAUUAUAAAACGCACCAGAAGGUGAUGAUACGAUCUCGCUCUCCCUCACCAAAUUUAAACUCAAAAUAACGUAAACCUCCUUUUAUGUAUAAAUUUCAAAAGAUUUUCCUUCUCCGAAAAAAAAAAGAAAAAAACUGAAAAUAAAUAGAGAGAGAAAAGCGGAGAGAUCUGCAAGGGGAGAGAGAGAGACAACCUCAGUUUGCCUACGCAAACUAACACAACGCCAACACCUUCCUCCUCCUCCUCCUUCCUUGUCCCCUCCGAUCUCAGCGUUUCUCUACUUUCCCCAAUAAUAAAUAAUUUUGAUAAAAAUCUUAGGGGUAGGGUUUCUUAAUACCCUAAGAUUUUUUUUAUUUUUUUUAUCGAUUACGAUUUUAUCUUACCAUUAUAAACAUUUUCAAUUUAUAGAACAUUGCCUAUUUUGCGCGAUCUGAGUUCAAUUUCCAACAUUUUAAAUUUUCCUAUCUCUCGCGGGCAUUGAUGGUAAUUGGUGAUUAUUAGUUAAUUUCUUAUUGGUGGAUGAUUUAAUUGGAUUUUGGAGGGGGUUAAAUGGCGUCGGCUCAGGUGUUGCCGAGCUCACGGAAACAGGAACAUCUCGAAGCCGGAAAACGACGGCUGGAGGAGUUCCGAAAGAAAAAGGCAGCAGACCGAGCCAGAAAAGCUGCAGCCACUAGCCAGCCUCUUGCUUCUUCUGUUGUUAGUGUAAAUGAGAAACAAGCUUUAGAGAGUGAAAUUGUACGGCUUACAGAUUCAGAUGGAGCUGGUACAUCUGAUGGACCAAUUGAGGUAACUGUCAGCGGUACUACUUUAAAAGAUGCAGAUGCUAUUCCUCCAUCAAUGAGUCAUUACAAGGCACCUUUGGCAGAUAUACAUGUGAAUAGUCAUGAUUUUACAAGACCUAAUGCUUCAGUUGCAGCAGAUGCUAAAUAUGAUAUAGAGACUGAUCAAAUGAAUAAUGACACCGAUACAUAUAGUGGAAGCCAAGAUGGUGUAGUGCCAUAUGUGAUCUUAUCAUCACGCCAUUCUUCUAUUCCACCACCAUCACAAGAGAGUUUUAGUCAGUCUAUUCCAUUCCAGUCAAUGGAAUACAAUACGUCUUUAAAGGAUUAUGCAUUUACUGCACCCUCUCCACUGCAAACUAAGAUUAGUAGUAAUGCCAGCACAUUGGUCACUGAUGUGGACUUUAUUCAACAUAAUAACAACUUGAGAGGCUUUAGUCUUGAAGUUGAGCAAGACAAGCAUUUCAAUGGUUCCUUGAGAAAUGAUUUUGGGGAAGCUAAUUUUAGUAUCUCACUUGGUGGUUUUCCUAGUGCAUAUGGUAAAUCCAUGCAAACAUCUGAUACCAUUGGUUACGAUUCAGAUUCGAAGAGCUCCUCGAAUCAUACUCAAUUACUUUCAGGAACCUCUGAACCUAAUUCUAGGAGAUCUCGUCCAUCCUUCCUUGAUUCGCUUAAUGUGACUAGAGCUUCUUCAGGGACUUCCUUCCAACCUACUGAACUACAGAAGGAGUCAUUUAUGCCUGGUAAAUCAAAUGGCAUGGGUGCACUAGACUCAUCUACUUUUCAAAACCUAUCAGUGGAGGCUCAAACUCUAGGACAUCAUCCAAUGACAUUUUCUGCCUCUAGUAACAGUGUUGAGAUGUCAAAUAUUGAUGAGAAUAGUUGGGGGAGAAAGCAUGAGUUUUAUUCAUCUAAACACAAUGAAGAUUUUGCUGCUUUGGAACAGCAUAUUGAAGACCUGACACAAGAGAAAUUCUCUUUGCAACGAGCUCUUGAAUCUUCUCGUGCUUUGGCAGAGUCCCUUGCUGCUGAAAAUUCAUCACUAACAGAUAAUUAUAACCAGCAGAGAAGUGCUGUCAACCAACUAAAAUCUGAUAUGGAGAAAUUGCAGGAGGAAAUCAAGGUUCAUUUGCAGGUGGAACUUGAGUCUGUCAAAAUGGAAUAUGGAAAUGCUAAACUUGAGUGUGAUGCUUCUGAUGAACGAGCCAAGAUAUUGGCUUCUGAGGUUAUUGGCUUGGAAGAGAAGGCACUCAGAUUAAGGUCUAACGAACUAAAGCUGGAGAGGCAAUUGGAGAAUUCACAUGCUGAAAUUGCCUCAUACAAAAAGAAGAUAUUGAUCUUAGAGAGAGAGCGUCAAGACUUGCAAUCAACAAUCGAUGCUCUUAAAGAAGAGAAGAAAUUGUUGCAAUCUAAGUUACGGAAAGCUUCAGCAAGUGGAAAGUCUCUUGAUAUUAGCCAGAAUUCUGGCAAUAAAAAGGACAUGUCGACAUCUACAGAAGAUUUAGACCCUUGCAACGAGGAAACAGUUGAUACUACAGCUCUUAUCGGAAAUGAUAUCCCCAUUCAUCCUGAAAAUGGACAGUCAAAUCUUGAAGUCUCAACUGUUCACAUUCCUGCAGAUCAGAUGAGAUUGAUUGAGAAUAUCAACACAUUAAUUUCUGAGUUAGCACUGGAGAAGGAAGAGCUGAUGCAAGCUUUGUCAUCUGAGUCAUCUCAAUGUUCCAGAUUGAAGGAUUUAAAUAACGAGCUGUCACGUAAACUUGAGGCUCAAACUCAAAGAUUAGAGCUUUUGACGGCUCAAAGUAUGGCAAAUGAGAAUAUCCAGGCAAGGUUACCUGAUUCUCAUGCCAUGCAGGAGACUACUACGUAUGCAGAUGAGGGUGAUGAGGUGGUGGAAAGGGUUUUGGGGUGGAUAAUGAAGCUCUUUCCUGGAGGUCCAUCAAGACGAAGAACCAGUAAACUUCUUUGAUGUGUUGGAUUAGGAUUGCUCAUCGAAUGCUCAAACUGCGUUUGUUUCCUACCCUUGUUUUGGCCACGCGGAGGAGGUUGUAAUUUGUAUAUUUUGAGUUAAUUAUACCAUCCAUAUUUUUUUGUAAAACAAGAAAAGAAAAAAAAGACAAGUGUUUUUAAGAGGCCUUCCAAUUGAUUUAGCAAAUUUAGUUGUCAUUUUUUUGACAGAUGACAAUAAGAAAAUCCCUUGUUGCUGUAACUACUAUAAUGUUUAGACAGCAAAUUCAGUGGGACGUGUGUUUAUACUAUGGAAGGGAUUGAAAGCACUGAAUUAUAGACAGAAAUGAGAAACUGUAGUGUGCAGUUGUUAGUUUA